AUGGCGAAUCCUGGCCCCAUGACUCCGCAGGCACCCUUUGAACCAUCGCAGCCCCCCGUUAUUGAGGGUUUUAGUCCCAGUGUCUUUAGCAAUCCGGAAGGCUUCAAGGAAAAGUUCAUUCGCAAGACUCGCGAGAACCCAAUGGUCCCCAUAGGCUGCCUGGGCACGGCGGCCGCCCUCACCUACGGCCUCUACUGCUUCCACCGGGGGCAGAGCCAGCGCUCCCAGCUCAUGAUGCGCACCCGGAUCGCCGCCCAGGGCUUCACGGUGGCAGCCAUCCUGGUGGGCCUGGCGAUGUCGGCGCUGAAGUCUAAGUCUGGACCCUGA